GCAUGUAAGAAGCAAAGUGAAUCAGCAAAACUUAAAAAAACAAAAAACAAAUUUAAGGACUCCUGAUAUUUUAAGAUUAACUACUAUAGAACAAGCUGUAGAGUUCUCUUAUUGGCAGGCCAAAGUCAAUUGGAAGCUUACUCUGGACAUCAAGGAAUUAUUAGCUGAUUGAUCUUGUGUUUGCAAUCCUCCCCAGCUUUGCAUUCUAAGCCCUCUAUUGCAUUCAUAGUAAGGAAGAACGUCAAUGGAUCCAGUGGUAGUCACUGCUCUUACCUUACUGCUCUGUAUCUCAUGUCUGCUUCUCAUUUUAUCAUGGAAAAGGGGCUUUGGAAGAGGAAAGCUUCCACCUGGUCCUUUUGCUCUUCCCAUCAUUGGGAAUAUACUGCAGGUGAACCUUAAAGAUAUUCCUGAAUCUCUUUGCAUGCUAGCAAAAGAAUAUGGUCCAGUGUUCACUCUGCAAUUGGGUACUGAGAGUGUUGUCGUGUUACAUGGAUACAAGGCAGUGAAAGAAGCUCUGAUUGAUCAUGGGGACAAGUUUGCUGACAGAGGACAUAUGCCAAUUUUUGAAUUCAUAAAUAAUGGAUUAGGACUUGGUGUAAGCAACGGAGAGAGAUGGAAGCAAAUACGGCGCUUCUCCCUCAUGACCCUGAGGAAUUUUGGGAUGGGGAAGAGGAGCAUUGAGGAGCGAGUCCAAGAAGAGACAAAGUACCUUGUGGAGGAGUUAAAAAAAACAAAAGGAUUACCAUGUGACCCCACAACCAUCCUUGGAUGUGCUCCUUGCAAUGUAAUCUGCUCUAUCAUUUUCCAGAAACAUUAUGAAUAUAAAGACCAGAAAUUUCUAUAUUUAAUGAAGCUUUUAGAAGAAAACAUCAGGAUCCUAAGUUCCCCGUGGAUUCAGGUCUACAAUUGUUUUCCAUCUCUAGUACAUUAUCUCCCUGGAUCUCAUCGUGAAGUAAUUAAAAUUGUCCAGUUAAUACAUAAAUUUAUUUUGGAAGAAGUGAAGGAACACCAAAAGACACUGGACCCCAGUAAUCCUCGGGACUUCAUUGACUGUUUCCUUAUUAAAAUGGAGCAGGAAAAGCAACAACCACAGUCUGAAUUUACCAUUGAAAACUUGGUCUGUACUGCAACUGAUCUAUUUAGUGCAGGAACAGAGACAACAAGCACCACCCUGAGAUAUGGACUCCUGCUUCUCCUGAAACACCCCGAGAUAACAGAAAAAAUUCAUGAAGAAAUUGAUUGUGUGAUUGGCCGAAAUCGAAGUCCCUGCAUGGAGGACAGAAACAAGAUGCCUUACACCAAUGCUGUGAUACAUGAGAUACAACGAUACAUUGAUCUCAUCCCCACCAGCCUGCCCCAUGCAGUAACAGAAGAUAUUCAAUUUAGACAGUAUCUGAUCCCCAAGGGUACCACCAUAAUACCAUUAUUGUCUUCUGUUCUGUAUGACAAUGAAGAGUUCCCCAAACCAGACCAGUUUGACCCAUGUCACUUCCUGGAUGAAAGUGGCAAGUUUAAGAAGAGCGACUAUUUCAUGCCUUUUUCAGCAGGAAAACGGAUAUGUGUUGGUGAGAGCCUGGCUCGGAUGGAAUUAUUUCUGAUUUUUACUACCAUCUUACAGAAUUUUACCUUGAAAUCUCUCGUUGACCCAAAAGAUAUCAACACCACCCCAGUUGCCAGUGGAUUUGGCAAACUACCCCCCUCCUAUGAACUCUGCUUUCUACCUUUCUAAAACAUGUGAAGGACCACCCUUGAUUGCAACUCUGGAGUCUCUUCUUGUACUAUGAAGCUGUCCCAAUUCCGUUGCCUAACAAUGAAAACCCCCUAUGAUUUCAGCCCAAUAUACCCCUGUCACUUAAUCUACUGUCCCCUUUGGCGUUUGCCAAAAUAAUGACUUAAUUUUCCCCAACAUUCCCCAGAAAUUCCCUUUUCCUGGAAUAUUUCUCCUCUUCUUCAGCUCCACUGGUUGAAAUUCUACCUCCCCUUCAAAUCACAAUUCAGAUCUGUAUCCCUGUAACCUUUUGUACUUAUAAUCUGUACUACACAAUUGAAGACUCAAUUCUAUACCCA